GCUGCCCUCCCCAUCAGCCGCCCUCGCCGCCGCGGUGCGCUGGCUGCAGGAAGCCGCCGCGCCGCCGCUUUUGUUGUCGGGGACUCCGCGAGGAGCGCCGCUCGCCGGCCGCCGCCGCCCUCUCUCACUGCAGCCCGCCCUCAGGCCGCGGGGCCCGGGUUCCGGGCGCCCCGCCCGCCCUGCCCAUGAGGGGGCCCCGCGACCACCGCUGCCUCCAGCCUGGGGCGGCGCGGCGCUGAGGCGGAGGCGGCGCUGCCACUUCUGCGGGAAGCGGGCAGGCUCGGUCCCUUCCCGGAGGGCACCAUGGAGGUGAAUGCGGGAGGUGUGAUUGCCUAUAUCAGUUCUUCCAGCUCAGCCUCUAGCCCUGCCUCUUGUCACAGUGAGGGUUCUGAGAACAGUUUCCAGUCCUCCUCCUCCUCUGUUCCAUCUUCUCCAAAUAGCUCAAAUUCUGAUAACAAUGGUAAUCCCAAAAAUGGUGAUCUCUCCAAUAUUGAUGGCAUCCUGAAGAAUGAUCGAAUAGAUUGUUCUAUGAAAACAAGCAAAUCGAGUGCACCUGGGAUGACAAAGAGUCAUAGUGGAGUGACAAAAUUUAGUGGCAUGGUUCUACUGUGUAAAGUCUGUGGGGAUGUGGCAUCAGGAUUCCACUAUGGAGUUCAUGCUUGUGAAGGCUGUAAGGGUUUCUUUCGGAGAAGUAUUCAGCAAAACAUUCAGUACAAGAAGUGCCUGAAGAAUGAAAACUGUUCUAUAAUGAGAAUGAAUAGAAACAGAUGUCAGCAGUGUCGCUUCAAAAAGUGUCUGUCUGUUGGAAUGUCGAGAGAUGCUGUUCGGUUUGGUCGCAUUCCUAAGCGUGAAAAACAGAGGAUGCUAAUUGAAAUGCAGAGUGCGAUGAAGACCAUGAUGAACAGCCAGUUCAGUGGUCAUUUGCAGAAUGACACAUUAGAACAUCAUGAACAGACAGCCUUACCAGCCCAGGAACAGCUGCGACCCAAGCCCCAGCUGGAACAAGAAAACAUCAAAAGCUCUUCUCCCUCUUCUGAUUUUGCAAAGGAUGAAGUGAUUGGCAUGGUGACCAGGGCGCACAAGGAUACCUUUAUGUAUAAUCAAGAGCAACGAGAAAACUCAGCAGAGACCAUGCAGCCUCAGAGAGAACGAAUUCCCAAGAGCAUGGAGCAAUAUAAUUUAAAUCAUGACCAUUGUGGCAGUGGGCUUAGCAACCAUUUUCCAUGUAGUGAGAGCCAGCAGCACCUCAAUGGACAGUACAAAGGGAGGAACAUAAUGCAUUACCCAAAUGGGCAUGCCAUUUGUAUUGCAAAUGGACAUUGUAUGAACUUCUCCAAUGCUUAUACUCAACGAGUAUGUGAUAGAGUUUCGAUAGAUGGAUUUUCUCAGAAUGAGAACAAGAAUAGUUACCUGUGCAACACUGGAGGGAGAAUGCAUCUGGUUUGUCCAAUGAGUAAGUCUCCAUAUGUGGAUCCUCAUAAAUCUGGUCAUGAAAUCUGGGAAGAAUUUUCAAUGAGCUUCACCCCAGCAGUGAAAGAAGUGGUGGAAUUUGCAAAACGUAUUCCUGGAUUCAGAGAUCUCUCUCAGCAUGACCAGGUCAACCUUUUGAAGGCUGGGACUUUUGAGGUUUUAAUGGUACGGUUUGCGUCGUUGUUUGACGCAAAGGAGCGUACGGUCACCUUUUUAAGUGGAAAGAAAUACAGUGUCGAUGAUUUACACUCAAUGGGAGCAGGGGAUCUGCUAAACUCUAUGUUUGAAUUUAGUGAGAAGCUAAAUGCCCUCCAACUUAGUGAUGAAGAGAUGAGUUUGUUUACAGCUGUUGUCCUGGUAUCUGCAGAUCGAUCUGGAAUAGAAAACGUCAACUCUGUGGAGGCUUUGCAGGAAACUCUCAUCCGCGCACUAAGGACCUUAAUAAUGAAAAACCAUCCAAACGAGGCCUCUAUUUUUACAAAACUUCUUCUGAAGUUGCCAGAUCUUCGAUCUUUAAACAACAUGCACUCUGAGGAGCUCUUGGCCUUUAAAGUUCACCCCUAAGGCCUUUGUUUAUUUAAACAUGAACUGAUUCAUGCUAACUGUACCUUUUGUGCUAAAAUGCUUAUUUAUAUGUGUAUACCAUAUGUGGAGAUAGAAAAGACCUUUAAGACAACACAAGAUUGUAGGCUAUCUCUGUAAUCAUGCAGUAGCUGUUUGGAUUGAGGUUUCUCCAGCCAUGGUUAGACAUUGACCGCAUUUCCCCUAUAGACCAAUCAGCUGUGUCGCACUUAAACUGGAGAAGUUACACUGAAUUAUAGUCACACUGAAUGUUAGACUUUUUCAUCUGCCAAAACCAAAAAUCAUUUUGAUCUCCCUGUGGUAUAAAUAUAGCGCACAAUCACAAAUAUGUGAGAACUUAAAAAUUAAUCCUUUGUGGUAGAAAUUCUCUUGUAUGAGGAAGGCUUGAUUUCACCACAAGACCAUUUGAUCUGGUAAUUGGAGACAUUGCAAGUUAGGAGAUCUUCAUGUCUGUAUUUUGUUCUGCCGCUUGUUAAAGUGUAUGAUCCCGGGCAGGUUAGUUGGUUGUGGAAAAUGAAAAUUGAUAGUGUACUUAAUGCCCCACCUCACAGAUACUAAAAAAUGUCUAUAAAGCAUAUUUACCUCUUGGGAGAUAGGCACUAUGUAAAUAAGGUAAAUUUUUUGUUAUUAUAAUUAUUCAUAAUAUUCUUCCCUUAUUUCUAAGUAUUUCUGAGAAAUCAUUUCACAGUCCACACCAACCUAUUAUUCAGGGUUCCUGCAUAUGUGUGGGGUAUCCUCCUGGCACACACAUAUUUAAAAUUUAUGGGUACAUCAAGUAUAUAGUAUGUACAUAAUAUCUAUGUGAAUAUAGUUAUACAUAAACACAUUUCUUCACAAUAUUUUAAACUGUGAAGAACUUUAUCAUACAGUAAACUUAAAACAAGUGGUGUCAAAGACUCAAAUUAGGUGCAUUUUACCUGUUGAUGACAUAACCAUUGCUUUAAAUGUUUAGACAGUAGAUUAUUGAACUUAUGCUCUAUUUUUAUUUAAGCAGCACUUAAUGUAAAAGUACAACAGGCAGUUGAGUCCAGAUUUCAAAAAAUACAUAUUUUAGAGUUCAUCUUUGGUUAAAUCUUUGGUUCAAGGUACUAGUUUAAAAGUUCAUUCAGAUUCUUACCUUGUACUAAAAAAGGUUACAUUGCUGCCCCUUAUAUACAUGCUGCAGCUUGAUAAAUAUUUUGAUUCUUUUUGGAGAACCAAUCAAUGUUUUAAGAAAACUGUUUAAUGUGUUGGUCCUGCGUGUGGUGUGUGUGUGUGUGUGUGUGUGUGUGUGUGAGAGAGAGUGUGUAUGUAUGUAUGCAUUUGUGUGCAAAUGUGUUUUGAGUCCACUGUUUUUUUUUUCCUAAAUAACACUACAGGGAUUUUGUCAAAUUAGAUUUACUCUGUAAUUUGAAAAAUCAUUUAGUGUGUGAGACCUACAGACUUAGAAGUGGUACAGAGACAUUUCAUCCACAUUUCUAAUAUUGGGCUUUAUUAAAUAGAGAAGAUCAGCCUCUGCUUAUGGCAGUGGGAGAAAUAGCCAAAGUUGAGGAUUUUAUGUAUGUUUUUCUGUUUCCCUGGAAAAUAGCAAUUAAUUGGAAUUUUUUGGAAAAGAUUGCCUUCUGUAUAAUUUUUGGAUUAUAUAAAACUUUAAGAAUGGAAAGAGCCCGCUUUACUAUACUCAGCCUGUUACUUUAAUGACAUGUGAGCAGAAUGCCUUAUUUUGUAAUCUUGUUUAACUUGUUGCUACUGGGACUUGAAUUUCUGUGGCACUUGUUAAGUAAGUCAAAAAAAGAAGUUAAAUCCUCUCAUUAUUAAAGAGGAAGGGUGAUGGUGAUGUCUGUCAUACAGUAUAAACCAUAAUUGUGAUUUACCUUACAUAGGUAAGACUUUUAUGGGAUAUACAGUAUAGUUUUUGUGAAUUCUUUACGAUAGCAUUAUCUUUUUAUAAUUUUUUUUCUUAAGAUAAAUGCAUAGUUUUCUUCUAUGGGGGAUAGAAACGGCUUUUUGAAGUAAUCCUGAAAACCUCAAAGAUCAUGUUUAUUCUUAGUUUUUGCCUUUUGCAUAAGCCUCUUUAUAACAUGUUAUCUUUAAAACAAUUACUGUCUUUAGGAAAUGUGUAACCAGAACUAUGUUAGUAUUGCUUAUAAAACUUUAGUUAGGUUCAAUAUAUACAUGUAUACAUCUAUAUAUAGGUAUAUAUAGGUUCGCAUUUUGUCUUGUAAGAUUUUAUUUGAACAAAUUCUUCCUGUAGGUAAUGGGAAACAAAAAUAAUAGUUCAUGUGCCAUUUGUAGCAUCUCUAUAUUUGAAAAUAGCCCAAUAUUAAAACUACUAAAAUUAAACCAGCAGCCUAUUAUAAGCACAUUCUUUGAUUGAGUCAUUGGGUAGAAACUUAAUGUGGGGAAGACAACCAGUUUGGAAAACUUCUGGGUCAGUGGGACACUGUUGAUUAAUUGAUAAUGUACUGUAUGAAUUAAGUGAUGCUUUAACUCUGAUUUUACAUUUUAAAUUAAAAUAUGGGCAUUAUGUCAGCAAACUUAAGGGCAUUAUGUUAGCAAGCUAAAACAUUUUUUUUUCUGUGCUUUUAAUGUAUCUCUUCACAUGAUCUGAGAGAGGAUUCAAGCUUUAGAAAUAGCUGAGGGAAAGGGGAAACAUCUUCUUGAGUUGAAGCUUUUCCUUAGGGCGAUGGUUUAAUUACAGAUUAAAAAAAAUUAGAAGGCAAUUUCAGUGGAUUAAGUGUAUAGCUUUUGUAUCUACAUUUCAAGAAAUUACCAUUGUAACUUGAUAAGAAAUGAUUUAUUUUAUGUAAACAUCAUUGCAAAGCAAGGUGUAGAAGCUCAGCUAGAUUUAUUACUGUGCACGAGAGUAAGUACCUAUCUCAGUUAUUCUUUUUCUUUUCCAAUAUAAAGUUUGCUGAAUGUACAAGAAGAGUUUAUCACUUAGGAUAUAGAAUUUUUUUUAGGGGUUGGGGGGAUGGGAUCUGUCAGGAAAUUGCCUAUAAACAAAGAUUGUCUUGAUUUGAUUCAAAACAUAAAACUUGAAGCUAUUCUUGAACUAACGUGGAAAAAUAAAAUGGCUAUUGUUUAAAAAAAGUGAUAGAAAUAUAUUGUCAAGAUAUGAAUUAAGUUUAUUUUCUACAAACUUAUUGAUGAGGACAUGGAUAAUAUCUUCAUGUUUCUGAAAAGUAAUCUGUACAUGGGGGGAGGGGAUAAUAAAUAUUAUUUCUAACCAAG